AUGAGAUACUUGAAACAAAUCAAGCAACAAAAUCCAACCCAUAAAACGAAACCCACCACCAAAGAAGACAGCAUAAAAUCAACACCAAGACAUAGUAAAAUAUCUACAAAGAAAAAAGACAGCAUGAAAUCAAUCCAACAACAUAGCAGAACACCUACAAAGAAAA